AUGCCAGACCAUGCGGGAAAAACGACAGAAGAAGUCACAGCGACACAGGAACAGCUUAGAGAUGAGACGUCUUUUCAAUCUAAAGUCGCUCGACUGAGUAUAUGUGAAGACGGUAAAUCACGAGAAAUGAUCGUGAAAAGCAUCCAAGGUCUUGGUCGAAACUCUAGUGAUUCGCCGGUUGAUGAAGAUAAAGAAGACAAUGAACAACCAAAGCUCACACAGAUUGGACCAAAAAGUGGAUCAAAAAGAAGGAGACGAUCAAGCGGAAUCACACGUCCAAGCCUCGCUCACGUAAAGGGCAGCAAUGGCAAUGUUGUUUCUUCUUCUUUGUCGUCUUCGGUGGUAAUUCCGAAAAAGAAGAAAAAAACGUCACAGCCAACGCAGCUCACUAUCCAUCAGAAGUCUUACGAAAAAACUCUGUCGAUCAGAGAUAUACGAGAUCUAAUACUCUAUCUUUUUGACGAUACUAAUAAUGCGCCAAAAUGGCUGACGGUCGACAAUCGCUCCGCUACAAACAAAGUAAUAGUCCUUUUCGUGCCUGGUCUGCUACCAGAAGAUUUCGAAAACAACACGGAGCUUACUGGCGACGGUGAAAACGCAUCUAACUCUACCCACGAGCCACAAUUUUUACGUCAGAUGCAACGUGUGCCCGUCACAACACCAGGUUCGGCCAAUACAGUCUACUCAGCUUAUAAUGCCUUCGUGAACGUUAAGCUCACAAAAAAAGAGAAGGAGCUAAAGAAGCAGGAGCUAAGUAGCAAGAAGAUAACACUGAAUGACUUAGAACUUCGACUUGAUCAAUUGUUGGAGAGUGAAUACCCGAUUCAUUUAGAUACUCAUGGUCUUAGUAGUGAAGAAAGAGAGCUUUUGUCAGUGGAACACAGAGACCAGGAGCCCACGUGGAAAAACACACACGCAUUUGAGCAUGGUGGAUCUCGAACUUUCUCGAUGGAUUGCGAAAUGUGCAUGACCGACGAUGGCCUUGUUCUCACUCGCGUCAGUCUCGUUGAUUUUGAUUGUCGCCUCAUCUAUGACACCUUAGUGAAGCCAGAUGCUACAAUCACAGACUAUCUGACCAAAUACAGUGGUAUUACUGAGGAAAAGCUGAGAGACGUGACAACGACUCUUGAGGAUGUUCAGCGUGACAUAUUGAAGAUAGUUAGCGCCACAGAUAUCCUAAUCGGUCACUCUUUACAAUCUGAUUUGAACGUUUUGAAGUUGAGGCACCCUAAAAUUAUAGAUACCGCGAUAAUCUUUGAACAUAAAGCCGGCCCACCUUUUAGACCGGCACUGAAAUACCUAGCUUCUGAGUACUUGAGCCAAGAAAUACAGAAUAGCGAUGGACUGGGUCACGAUUCGUUCGAAGAUGCCCGAGCUUGUAUGGAGCUCACUAAACUUAAGAUAGUCAAUGGUCUGAGUUUUGGAGUAGGUAUCAACACUGAGAAUCUUUUCCACAGACUAGGCAAAAACGGCAUAAGGAGUAUGUGUCUGAACGACUAUGCACCAAAACCAAAUGGACUGGGCGGGACAGGGAAUACUACCGAAACAAGUGUGAGAUGUCAAAAUGAUGACCUCAUUUUGGAGAACAUUGGUGAGCAUCUAAACGAUUUCAAUUUAUUCGUGGGAAGGUUAAGGGAUAUUGAGUUUGCCAAAGGUUAUGCUGUGCCUUCUACAUCUGAGGCUAGAAUUUCGGAAGUUUCAGCUGCCCGAGACAAUUUCUUCACCAAGCUGCAAGAACUUUAUAGUAAGAGUCCACCCUCCACUGUCUUUUUGGUCUGCUCUGGUAAUGGAGAUACAAGAGCAUACAGCAAGAUUAUGGACGAACUCAAGAAGAUGAACAGGGAUGAUAGAGUUGAGGAAAGGAAGAAAAGGGAAAAAGAAGUUCAAGAAGCUGUUGUACAGGCUAGAGAGGCAUUAAUGUUACUAGCGGUCAGGCCACUGCCACUUGAUGAUGCUUAA